ACCAAUAUUUGUUAAAUAAUAUUAUUAUUAUAUGCUCUUUUGUAAAGUUUAUUAUUGUAUUUGUUAUUUAUUAAUGAAAUAGUUAAUUAUAGGUUUUUUAUUUUUUUUUUAUUUAAAUUAAAAAAAACAAAAUAAAUAAAACUGUAUUGUAUAUUAAAAAAAAGAAUCUUUUAGUUUUAUAUAUAUAAAAUUAAGAUGCUUGGUACAAGAAAAAGGUCAAGCCCACCAUUAUUUAAUGAUAAUAGUGGGGUACCAAAUAGCAACAAUAAUAGCAAUGGAUAUAUUUCACCACCAUCACCAUUAUCACCAAAACAAACAAAUCAAUUUUUAUUUAAUAGUGGCUUAGAUUAUAAUAAUUAUAAUGGUGGUAGUAAUAAUAACAAUGGUUUUACAAAAUAUCAACCACAAACAACCUCAUUUGUAAAUAAUAGAUUAAAUCAAUUUUCAUUAGUUUCAGAUUCUGAACAAUAUUAUGAUAAUCAACAACAAGCUUCAUCAUCAACAUCUUCGUCACCGACAUCACUUACAUCACCAAAUUUAUUACCUCCGUUAAACUACCAAACUUAUCAAUACAUUGACGAAAAUGAUAAUUCAAAUAUUAAUAACAACCACACCAAUAACAAUAAUUUUAAAACAAAAAAUAAAAGUAAUAUUAAGAAAAAUAAUAAGAAAUCAAAAGUUAAAAGACAUAUAAAUUUUAAAUUAGAUGACGGAGUCGAACAACAAAAUCAAAAUCAAAAUCAAAAUCAACACUCACCAUCGCCAACACAAAUAAAUAGUAAUGAUGAUGAUGAGUUUUAUGAAACAAAUACCGAUUUUGGUUAUUUAAAUGUAUCAACUAAAGAAGAUUUGCUAGUUUGUUUAAAUGUUUUAAAAAAAGAAAUGGGCCAAUUUAAAAAUUUAUCACACAAUUUAUUAUCAAGAUUAAAUACAUUGGAAAGGGGUAUUGGUCAAGAAAAACAAUUAAGAUUAAAUGGUGAUACUAGUAUUAAUGGUCAUAGUAGAAGUGGUUCAGAUCAAGAUUCAUUCGAAAAUAAUCAAUUAUAUUCACCAAAUUUCUUAUUACCACAAAAUUCAUCUAAUAAUAAUGUAACAACUAUUCAACAAGAAAUUUUAAUAUCUACAUGUUUACUAGAAAUUCAAAAGAUAAUUGAAAAACAAAGAACUUAUGACAGUUUAUUAGCUCAAAGAGAAAAGUAUUGGGAUAUCGAGUUAAAUAAAUUAACAAUGCAAAUUUUAAAUAAAUUAAAUAACGGUCAGCAUCUGCACGAGCAUCCACAUCACCACCAUCACCAAAACCAUUUAUUAAAUUCACCCAAUUCAUCAGAAUUACAAACAUUUCACCAUGAUCAAGAGUUUUACCCCAACAAUAAUGGUAGUGUUUUAAAUGAUGAAAUGUUUGACUCAUAUACUGCAUUAAAUAAUAUUAAUAAUAGUAUCGUUAGAAAUAACUCUAGCAGUAAUUUAAGUGAAUCAAAUAAUAGUAAUAAUGGUCAAAUUGCUAGUAGUAAUAAUAACGUUGGUUUAAAGAAAAGAGUAUAUAACUCUUUUAAAAGUGCUUAUGUUUAUUUAUUUGGUACCAAAAAGACCAUUACAUUUUGGAAGAAAGCUAUUAUAAUUGGAGUAAUAGUUGUAUUAUGGCCAUUAGUCGCAAAUUUAGUUUAUAAAUUAAUAAUGUAUAUUGUAAAUAAAAGAAGAUUAGCAAAACAAUCAAAACAAUUAAUUACAAAUAAUUUACCAACAGUACCUAAAUUAUCAUCAACUUUAAAACCAUUAAAAUCAUUAGCUAUAAACAAUAGUAAUAAUAGCAAUAAUAGUGGUAGUAUUGCCAAUAGUGCUACCAGUUUAAUAUCUUCAGCAUCAUCAUUAGCACAAUCCAAUAAUAAUAAUAGUAAUAAUAACAAUAUUGUUAAUAAUAAUGUAUUUAAAAAAAUAAAAUCUUCAAUUCUAUCAAGUAAAAAAGGAGGGGAUCUUUUAAACAGCAAUUCAUCAAAUAAUAGUCAAAUAAGAGCCCCAGAUAUUGUUAAGGCAUUUAUUCAAGGUGUUAGCACAGGGGAUGGGGGUAGUACAAAUAAUAGUUUAACUUCAUUAACCAAUACACUGGGUAAUUUAAAUCCUGCAGCUUCAAUUGGUGGUAGUAUUGGCUCGAAUAGCAGUGGCAGUGGCAGUGGUAAUAGCAUUGUUAGUAAUACUAGUAGUUUAUUAAGUAACGGUUUAAAUAGCUUAACUUCAUCUGCAGUCUCAUCAUCAUUUUCACCAAGUUCAACUUCAUUAGCAUCAAUGAUUAUACCAAAUUCUACAAUUUUAGAGAAUAAUAACAAUAGUAACAACAUUAGUAACAUUAGUAAUUCAGCAACUAAUGCUAUUAGAAAUGGUUUGAAUAGGGUAUCUUUAAAUAAUAACUCUAAUAAUAAUACCACACAUAAUGAAGGACUUGAAGGAAAUAUGAUAAAAAUUGUUAGAAAUUUACUCAGUCAAAGAUAAAAAUAAAAUAAAAAAAAAAUUAUG